AUGCGGAUCACAACUACUUUCCAGUUGGCAUGCCUUUCGAUUUCAAGCCAGGUCGCCGCAGAAUGGAUCAUUGGUUUGGGGUCUAACUCAGGCGACCCAAUCUGUGCACAGGCUUGUGCAAGGACACUGGCAGAGACUGCAUUGGUAUGCUCCUCGACUCAGCAGUUCGGCACCCUCGGCCGUCAAGACAGCGUCAUUACCUCGCCGGAUUGCUAUGCGAACGACACAUACUAUCUGACCACACUUGCCUAUUGCGUUCAGUCCAAGUGCGGUACGAGCAUCAAGGCUUCCAAGAUCGAUACUUGGUGGGAAAGCGAUGUCGUUUGCGAUCCAGGUACAGGUACCACGACGAAGCCGAUCCAGGCGACACCAAAAUGGACUUAUGCCGAAUCCUUGAACCAGAUCCAAGAUCCGCCCACCAAAGUCAUCAUGCCUUAUGGGACGCUCAACUACACCGCCCUUGUCGACGAGAGUACUUACCAGUAUCAGUAUGACUCUCAAGAAGGCAUAGAUCCACUUGUACAGAGACAGGCGCAAUACGGUUUGGCUCUGCUAGUCACCUUCCUGGUCCUUCCAAUCUUGCUUACUUGGCUUAAUUGGAUCCCAGGCGUGCACUCCAUUAUCGAACGUGUAAAGCCUUUUGUUGUCUACAGGCCUCUAUUUGGCACCCGGCAUAUACAGCUCCACAAGUGGCUAUACGGAUACAUACCUACAGUGGGACAAUCUGUCUAUAUCUUCAUCGUGUUCGCCUCGACCAUCAUUCUGAUGUCGAUAUACGAGACUAAGCCUCUGGACGGGACUACAACACGGUACAACAACAAUCUGGAUCUGGUCACCCAACGAAGUGGCACAUUUGGAUACGCGAUUCUUCCAGUUGUGGUCCUUUUCGCGGGCAGAAACAAUGUGCUCCUCUACCUAACCAACUGGAGCCACACCACCUAUAUCAUGAUGCACCGAUGGGUAUCUCGUUUAUGGUUUUUGCUGGCCAUCGUCCACUCCAUUUGUGCAUGGGUGUGGGCAGUCAGAACUGGAAUCUAUUCCACUGAAGUCGUCGAAAAGUUUUGGAUCUGGGGGAUUGUCGCUACUUUGACAACUGUGCUCCUCAUCGUUUUCAGCGGGACCAAGAUCCGGCAGUGGUCAUACAACUCUUUCUUAGUCUCGCACAUCGUCUUGGCGGCCAUCACCAUCGUCGGCUGUUGGUAUCACAUCUGGCUCAUCCCGUAUGGAAUUGGUCGCUACCACAACGAGUCACAAGAUUGGCUCUACAUAGCCAUUGCCUUCUGGGGUUUCGAUCGUGUAGUUCGACUUUUCCGCAUCGUCUACAAUGGCAUGCGUCGAGCCGACGUUACAGAACUUGCCAACGACAUUGUACGAAUCGACAUCAAGGGGGUGAGAUGGGAUCCUGAGCCAGGCAAGCAUGUAUACGUUCACUUCCCGACACUUCAUCCAUUGCGUCCUUGGGAGAACCAUCCAUUCUCGUGGACUCCCUCUGCGUUGUUGCAAGAUUUUCCUAAGGGUCCGUCGCAGAGCGACCUCGAAAAAGCUCAAGGCAACGGCAACAUAAAGGAGAUUAGCGACGUAUCAGGUGAAGACGGCUCAAACUCUAGCUCAGGUUUCGCCACACCAACAGACCAAAGAAGCGCAUCGACCCCAAUCAUUGCAAACAAGACAAGCGCAGGGAUUACGCUGUUCGUUCGCAAGUCGAAGGGCACAACGAGGCUAUUCAAACAUGGCCAGAAUCUACUUACUCUCCUAGACGGUCCCUAUCACAACAACUCUUACAAAGCCGCUCUACGGACCGACCGUCUACUACUCAUUGGUGGCGGAAUUGGUAUUUCUGGUUUGGUACCUUGGGUGGGCUCUCAUCCUAACACCAAACUCGCCUGGAGCGUACAGACGCCCGCUGAAUCCCUGGUCCGCUCUCUCAGCAGCGUUCUCGAAGUUAUACCGGAGAAAGACGUGAGGAUCGGGACGAGACUCGAUAUCUUGGAGUUGUUGAAGGCUGAGGCUGCGGCAGGUUGGAGGAAAGUUGGGGUUGUUGUUUGUGGCCCUGGAGGACUGUGCGAUGCUGCUCGUAUGGCUGUUAUUGAAGCUGGAAAGCACCAGAAGACCAUCUUUGAGCUUGAUGUUGAUGCUUAUUCUUGGUAG